CACCCCCGGAAGCGAAGCCCUUUACCAAAUGCGCCUUAUGAAGGAAUCGAGCAGGGCAGGGCUGUCAAGUAAACGCCCAGCACUGCUUAGUAAACGCUGAUUGUAGGGCCUGAUUUUUUCGCCCUCGAUGAAGGAACGCACGAUGUGGCAUUCCUUUGCCGAGCAUUGGGUUCUUUACUACUCUGCGCAGGCUACCCCCGCUACUCUGCAAGUGGCGCAGCGGCCGCAGCUCGCGGGGCUCCUCGAGUUACUUUGGGGGGCCGGUCGCGCGGCUUCCCCAGAGGCCUGGGCAGCGUGGCUGGCAGCCCACACUUCCAACAUGGCCGGUGCAGGACUGUCUCAGGGCGCGUCCUGGAGCCUUACGGGCGCACCGUGGGCCUUCUUGGCAGCCCUGGAGGCUGGCCGAAGAGGUGAAAUGCAUGUUCAACCAUAUAUUUUGCUUCAGCUGGAACUCGAACUUAAGAUUCAACUCGUGAAUGCUUUCCUUGUCGAAGGUGCCUGGCUUGUUCCCAGCCGUGCACAUCACACUACAUUUAAAACUGCACCUGAUACAUAAAUGUCGGCUCGGACUCUGGUCUAGCGCCAAAGUCACAUCAGCACAUCGUUGAUGUGAUGCCUCUCUAUCGCGCUGUGGAAUUAGAGUCUGAUCCUGCAUAUGAGUCAUAAGUUGAUGUCGCUUUGGAGUCCGACACAGAUUCGUCCAUCUUACAACAUCUCAAGCUCGCCCAGCCGACCCCCCGUCCCUGGCAGAGAUUAGAAGCUAGGCUUUCUUGAUCGUCACCAACGCACAUUGUUUUAGCCCGCCGGGCCUGUUUUGGCCUGAACUGAGCUGCUGACGCACAGCCCAAACCCGGAGCUGCCCCCAAGUACACCUGGCUGGUGUUUCAAGCUCAAGACAUGCGUAGCCUGGCC